GUCUGUUUUGUGUAGAAUAAACAGAUUGAAGAAUUUUGCUGCAGUCGGGGAGUUUGAAGAAUGGGAAACAAACAAUCAAGAACUCGAAGCCAAGGCUCUGGACCUCACUUCCAGCCAACUCCUCAGGCCAACUCAAGAUACGCAAGAAUUGGUGAUGAUUAUAGCUCUCUUGAGCAGGUGACAGAAGCUCUAGCUCGAGCAGGUCUGGAAUCUUCUAAUCUUAUUGUGGGUAUAGAUUUUACCAAGAGCAAUGAGUGGACAGGUGCACGAUCUUACCAGCGUAGGAGCUUGCAUCACCUUGGCGAUUCAUUGAAUCCAUAUGAACAGGCUAUAUCAAUCAUUGGAAGAACACUGUCAGUUUUUGAUGAGGAUAACCUCAUUCCUUGUUAUGGUUUUGGUGAUGCAUCUAACAUGAUCAAGAAGUUUUCAGCUUUUUUCCAGAUGAUAAGCCUUGCACUGGCUUCGAAGAGGCGCUCACUCGUUACAGAGAGAUUGUACCACAAAUUCGUCUAGCUGGACCAACAUCCUUUGCUCCAAUAAUUGAAACUGCUAUAGGGAUUGUCAAUGAAACUGGAGGACAAUACCAUGUUCUUCUAAUCAUCGCUGAUGGACAGGUGACGAGAAGCGUUGAUACAAAUCCUGGCCAGCUAAGCCCUCAAGAACAAAGCACAAUUGCUGCCAUUGUCGAAGCAAGCAAAUACCCGUUGUCCAUUAUACUGGUUGGCGUUGGAGAUGGACCCUGGGAUGUGAUGGUGCAGUUUGAUGACAACAUUCCUGCCAGAGCCUUUGACAAUUUCCAGUUUGUGAAUUUCACAGAGAUUAUGUCAAAAAAUGUGCCCCUCUCCCAGAAAGAAACAGAAUUUGCACUCGCGGCACUAAUGGAAAUACCAUCACAGUACAAGGCCACACUAGACUUCCAACUCUUAAGUAACCAGAGAAAUACAACACGGAGACACGCCUUACCUCCACCUAUCCAGAACAGCAGCACAACUACCUCAGGCUGGAACUAUAUGCAAUCACCUACUGUCGUGCAGGGUGAUCGGAUGUACUACACUCCUCAACCGCCUUCAACACAGAACAUUCUGCACAGCCAGGGUUGCCCUAUAUGCUCCUACAAUAUAAAGGAUCUUGCCUUUGGCUGUGGACAUCAGGCAUGUUAUGAAUGUGGGAAAGAUCUCUUGGUUUGCCCAGAAUGUGAUAUGAGGAUAACCACUAAGAUCAGGCUUUAUGGCUGACACUACCACUGAAUGCUAUGAGUUCACAAGAUAAGACUUGUAGUAUGUUUGUACCUGUCCUGAAGAAGAAUAGACUUGCCUUCAUAUAUAUUUUAGGCUUGAAAAGUUUGUUGAUGCUGCAUUUUUAACUUUAAAAAGAUUUUUGACUUAUUACACAAACAGACAAAUAUUCAGCUUGAAA